GAAGUUUCGUUGUUGUGCCACGAGCUGUUUCUCCUGUAAUUUCUUGUGUGGUUGGCGAUUCUGCGUGCAGGAAUGCCACUCACACCGGUUCUGCUGUUACAACAGCUGGUGGUCACCCUGCUUGCGGUGACGUUAGCGACUGGGACAGUCGAGACGUUGCUCAAGACGCGCAUCACCUGGCCUCCACAAGACCGAGAGGCCAAGGUGGGCGAGACAGUGGUGAUUCGCUGUGACGUCACUGCGGACCCGAGCUUGGAACUGAGCGUCCGGUGGCUCUUCAACGACAAACCAAUCAGCUUCGACGCCGAUCCCCGCCUGGUGAUUAAGCGUGACAACUCGCUCGUGAUCACGCGAGCCGUCAAGCUCGACUCUGGUGUUUACACGUGCGUGGCGAACACUGCAGCGGACAGCAAGCGAGCGAGUGCCACACUCGCUGUUUUGGACGUCCCUAUUCCCCCGGAGAUAUUGGGCGUGGAAUGCGGCGAGCUCUCGGCGCUGGUAAAGUGGACGUCCCGGGACGACAACCACACGCCAAUCCUGUUCUACUCAAUCCAGUACGCCACGGAGUACAGCCGCGACUCGUGGCAUUACGUCGCUACGAACAUUCCAGCGAAUGACAGCGAGUUCAGGGUGUCGCUACAACCGAGGAACCUAUACAAGUUCAGAAUGGCGGCACACAACAAGGUCGGGCAAUCGCCACCGUCCGAGCCUUCACGGCAAGUGUGUAGGACCAACACAGACGUGCCCCACAAGCACCCCGAACGCGUGAUGGCCCGAUGGGACGAUUCGGACAACCUGGUCAUCUCGUGGAAGCGCAUGCCGCCCGAAGAGCACCACGGACGCGGCUUCUUCUGCGAUGUGAUGUGGCGAGGCGACUUUCCGGGCCCCAGCUGGACCGGACGGCAAAUCAGGGACUGGUCACAGGACAGGACCGUCGUUAGCGGCCUGUACAGGAGCAAGCCUUACCGCAUAAGGGUGCAGGCGUACAACAUAAACGGGAAAGCACGGGGCCCCGUCAAAGAUUUCGUCACCCGCCGGGGUGGCAAGCCCCAAUUCGCAAAGCCCACGGCUUCUGACAUCGUAGAAGCGGCCUUCGUCGUUCUUGCUGUUGUUCCAGAAGUCAUCGGGGGAAUGUGGUGACAGCCACAUUCGGGCAAGCACUUAGAGCUCGGGCCCCACUAAACCUUUUAACUCUCCAACGUUUCUUGAAAACUGCAAAAAAAGAAAGCUUUCCGAUUUUUUUUUUACUUUGCUUAGGAGUUGAACGUAGCGUUCUCAUCUAAAAAGUAACUAAUCUGUUCUAUUUCUUGUACUCGUUGAAAACACUGCAUAAGAAGCCGUAUUUCGAAGAAGGCAGUGCUUCAUUUAUUUGAUAGGAAAAGAGCCGCAGAAACUACUCAGUAGAUAGUGAGUAGGUCAUGCUUUAGCUGGUGAUUUUUAUAAGGGCGCCUUAUAAAAUCUUGAAAACCGUAAUUAUUUGAGAAACUUCGAACUUCGGAAGAGCUAGAGGGUCAAGUGUAUGGAAGUGAAAGUUUGCAGGUAAGGUGUAAUUUUAAAACGUGUCUGUUAGUUAAAUUGCGGGGUUUAGUGUUUAACAGUAUUCGACAAAGUUGAAAUGGACGCCACAAAAAAGCAAGUGCUCCGGCAUCCACCAGGUGAAGUUGUUCUUUAUGUAUACCUACGAAAAGUUUGAAUAAAUCUUCUACUAAAGUG